AUGGCAGCUUUGGCGGCCAGCGCAACUCUGCAUCUGCAGGCAGGUCAACAACUCGACAUGUGCAAGGGCCAAAGCAGCCGAAGCAGCUUCGUCGAGGCUGGAAGAGCAUCGCUUCCCCAUGCAGUCCCCUGCACGUACAAAGACCGUACGAAGACCCUUACAAGUACUCGUCAGGGGUGGCGACAACAUGCAAAGGUGACUUUUGUUGUGCUCCUCCUUGCCUUUUGUCCAAUCACUGCAGGCGACUGGCACUUGCUAUUGCGCGCUCGAAACCCGGGGGGUGUCAAGGUGUGGUUUCAGGCUAGCGGCUGGCAGAAGAGUAUUGAAGUGAAGAGGCAACCCACCAAGGCAUGUCCAGCUGUCAGCAUCCUUGCAUCCAAAAGGCUUCGCCGAGGAGGCCACAGACAAGCAGAAGAGGCGUGCCGCUUUUUGGUGCCGCGCUUAGUGGAGGCCAUGAACAACAAGGAGGUAGCACACUCUGCAAGUACCGCUUUCAUCCAAGAGGCCGCCGCUGUGGUGGAUGACAUGCUGUUAAGCCCUGGGCCGCGGCGCAAGGAAUUUCUGGAUGGCCUUGCGGACAUGCGCAGACCAGGUCGUUGUGAAAGCCCUGCACGGACACGGCGGAAGCGAGUGCACCAGGCACUGCACAACCUUUGCCGUUAUCUGCUAGACGACACUGAGAGGCUGGAUUCACUCGCAAGUGUUGCCGUGUGCGAAAUGCGGCAAUUUGUCAUCGAGGUGAUUGAACGGAAGCGCUACCUUCGUCGCCUGAGCCGCCGGUUCGGUCAGUUGCAACAGCAGGUGCUGCGCAGCACCAAAGGCAGCAGUCCUGAUGCGCAACUUGCAGCGGCGUACCGGGAUGCUGCGCUGGGGAACAUGCGGAAACGGUGGAACGUUGCCUUCCAUGAGUGGUGUGUUCAGGCCAUCGAGUACUACUAUCUCCUGGACACUGAGCUUCGAGAACGUUGGCUUCAUGGCUCUCGUGGGGAUCGGCCGCGGGUCACAGUUAUCAGCGAAGCACUUCGAAAGGCAGCGCCUGGCACUAACAGGCAUCAGUUGGCGCAGGAAUUGCCCACUCGUUUGAAGCUGCUGGAUCUUGGCAGCUGCGCAAACUACUUUGCUCGCCACAGUACCUUUGAUGUGACGGCCUUGGAUUUGGCCCCUGCAGAGGAUAGCGUUCUGCAGUGCGACGUGCUCAAAUUGAAGAUAGGUCCUGCAGGGAGCGAGCCAGUCGCGGAGGGCUCGCACUUGCACCAAUUGCCUGCUCAGGGCUUUCAAGUGGCUGUUUUGGCACUGCUUCUUUCGUACAUGCCUGAUCCCAGCAGCCGUGCCAAUGUCAUUGCCAAGGUGCGGAGGUUGCUUCCAAGUGACCACAGCGGGUUGCUCGUCAUUGCGGACACUGUACCAAGCAUCGGGAGGCAUUCAGAAGGACUUCCAGAGUGGGUUUCCAGUGUGGAGGCAGCUGGUUACCGUUUGCUGCAAGAUCCGCAGAUGCAUUUCUCCAGAAAGCGAGAUGUCAGGACUGGGGUAGUGAACCGUGCAGCGUGCUUCUCGUUCGCAACGGCCCAAGUUUCAGGUGAGUCCAAAGUAGAGCCUUUACCUGGAUUACGCUUGCUGCAAGACGACAAGUCGAAUCAGAAGGAUCCUCAAGACUUCGAGACCAUGACAGGUUCUAUGUAG